AUGGGAACAGUAUCAAAGAUAAAGAUAUUGGUACCAGCUGGUAAAGCAACACCAACUCCACCAAUAGGACCAGCAUUAGGACAGAGAGGAGUGAAAGCUAUAGAUUUUUGCAAACAAUUCAAUGAACUAACAAAAAAUUACGAAUUAGAUACACCAAUUCCAACAAUAAUUCAAAUACAACCUGAUCGUAAGUUUACGUUUAUGUGUAAUAUGCCACCAACAGCUUGGUUAUUAAAGAGGGCUGCAAGAAUUGAAAAAGGUGCAGCUAAACCAAAGCAUGAAAUUGCUGGUAGAGUUAGUUUAAAACAUAUUUAUGAAAUUGCCAAAAUUAAACAAAAACAAAAUAAUAUGAAAAAUCACGAUUUAAAAUUUAUUUGUAAAUCUAUUGUUGCUUCUGCUGGUGGUAUUGGAAUUGAGGUUGUUCCAUAA